GGAGGGUCGCCAUCUUUGAAAUUCGCAGGAGGGUUGUUGCAGCGCAAUAUUUGAAUUAAGUUUGGUUUAAUUUAUAUAACACAAAAAAAAAGCUGCAUGGCCAACCGAAAUAUGCACCAAGCGAGAAUGCUAAGUGCUGACUCUCCUCAACCGGGGAGGCGAGGGACGGACUCCCCGGCCUCGUCGGAGCCGACGCCGGCGAACAAAGGCAGUCCGGCCCCACCGCAGCAGCAGCGGUCCCCCGCGGCCGACCAAAGUGAAGGAGCCGCGGAGGAAACGGGGGAAGGCUCGUCAAAAAUGACUCUGGACAUCGCGAGUUUUCGGAAGCCCGGAGAGAAGACCUUCACCCAGCGCUCUCGUCUCUUUGUUGGCAGCCUGCCGCUGGAUGUCACAGAGGAGGAGUUCAAAAACCUGUUCGCUAAAUAUGGAAAGAUCAGCGAUGUGUUCAUCAACAGGGAGCGGGGGUUUGGAUUCGUUCGUUUGGAAACCCGAACACUGGCAGAGAUCGCUAAAGUCGAGGUGGACGGCACAGUUUUGAACAACAGACCACUAAAGGUCCGCUUUGCAACGCAUGGAGCUGCACUCACAGUCCGCAAUCUGUUGCCAGUGGUGACUAAUGAACUCCUGGAACAGGCAUUUUCUGAGUUUGGACCUGUGGAGCGGGCUGUUGUUGUGACAGAUGACCGUGGCCGUUCCACUGGGAGAGCUAUCGUUGAGUUUGAGAACAAAGUGUCUGCUCGUAAAGCCCUGGAGCGAUGCGGCGAGGGAGCAAUGCUGCUGACUACGACUCCAUGCCCUGCCAUUGUUGAGCCCAUGGAGCACUUAGAUGAAGAAGAGGGUCUCCCGGAAAAGAUCCUGCAAAAAUCUCCAAAGUACUACAAGGAGCGGGAACAGCCGCCCCGUUUCGCCCAGCCUGGCACGUUCGAGUUCGAAUAUGCGUCUCGCUGGAAAGCUCUGGAUGAGAUGGAGAAACAGCAGAGAGAGCAGGUCGACCGAAACAUUAAAGAGGCCAAAGAGAAACUGGAGUCUGAGCUGGAGGCUGCUAAAAAUGAGCACCAGCUCAUGUUGAUGAGACAAGAUCUAAUGAGACGUCAGGAGGAACUAAGGAGGCUGGAGGAGCUUCGCAACCAGGAGCUGCAGAGACGAAAGCAGAUAGAGAUGAGGCAUGAGGAGGAGCGAAGGAGGAGAGAGGAGGAGAUGAUGAGACACAGGGAGCAGGACGACUUGAGACGCCAGCCAGAUGGGUUCAUACCAAACUACCAUGAAAAUAGGGAACAGGAAAUGAGAGUGGGUGAGCUGGGCCCUCGUGGAGCUGGUAAUAUGGGAGAUGGGUUUAACCAGGCCUCUGCAGGGCCCACUGGUAACCAGGGUCAAAUGAUGGGCGUGAGUGGAAGGGGAGGAGCCAUUACCCCAGAGGGAGCAUCAAAUAUGGGGACACCUUUGAUGUCAGAGAAUGGAGCCAUGCGUAAUGAUCGGUACCCUCAGGGUGGAUCAAUGGGGGGUCGAUCAGAGGUAGAGUCCCCAAAGCAACAACAGCAGCUAUUGGGACCCCAGGGUGGACCAGCUCCGGGAUAUGGCAGAGGCAGUCCAGUUCCGAGUGUCUUUGACGGCCCAAAUAGCAAGCGCCGCAGAUACUAAAGGUUCUCAUGUAUUAGCAGCCAGUGCAAUUUUUCUUAUUGUGUUACAUAAAACCCCAUGUUUACCCAUCACCAUCAUGACUCCAAUUUGCUGGACAACAGAGUCGCAUGUCUUUUGUCCUUUAGUUGACUUAUUUUUCGAUUGAUGGAAAGACCGUGUUUGUUGUUUAUUGUACCUGUUUUUAGCAGUAUAUUUCUCUUCUUUCUGAUCUGAAUAAAACUUUUCAUCAGUAUGAACACAUGGCAUAUUGAAAAAUAAAAUGUUUAUUGCAUUUUGAUAUUUUGUGAAUAUGCAAAUAGUUUUGAGUGAGAAAUGCUUUCCAAAAGAGAUAAUAUUAAAAGUUCAAAUUUUCUGAUUUAUUAUUCUACACCUGUCAAAUAGAGGUUUGCGAAACAAUAACAUAGGUGCUUGGUUCAGGCAUGCUCACUAUUUUUCGCCCCCAAGUCUGGCCAAUGUUUGUCUUGAACCGGCUGCUAGAAAACUUUGACCAUGUGAUUACACAGGAAACUCCAGACAAGGUCAAAAAAAAAAGGCAAGUCAGAAGAAUCGGGUGCUGGUCAUUUCACCCCUUUGCCAUUUUAUUCUUUUGCAGUUUUGAUCAUUUUGGACACAAUUUUUUAGUUGUACAAAAAGAGCAGACUGCCAUGGGGAGUUUUGUAGCGACCAUAUGUUGAUUCAUACUGGAGUUAGGGGUGUUCCAUACAUGCUUUGAAUACCAGUAAUUUUCUACAAUCUACUCAUACUUUACUGUAAGUAAAUGUGGUUUUAUGAGUUCAAUAAAUGUCUUCCAAGUUAUUUUGGUGGAUCAUAAUGUUGUCAACUUGCCUGAACAGGGAUCAGAACCUCAAUCAAUUGAUUAGGGGUGAAAUAAAAAUGGCAUUCAACUGUAAUUGUAAGCAGUUUCCAUGGGGUUCCAAGCCCCCCCCUGAACAAGUCCGUCCCUGCACACUUCCCCAGUUAUGUCUGGACUUUCUAGUACAGAAAUGCUUGUACUGAUUAAAUGUAUUAAUAAUGUUUAAAGAUUUUUAUUGCAAAAGAAGAAUGAAUAACUUCAAGAUGGACCAUAGGUUUUGGGUUGUCAAAGAAUAUGUCCUGGAACAUUUUAGUUCAUGUUUCGCCUUGAAUUCUGUCACAAAUUUUCAUGAAGAUUUGUUGCCGUGAGAUAAACUUCUUACUCCUGUGGUGGUGAGUUUUUUGCUAAUUUCUUGCGCAUUCUCAGAUGGAUAUGACUAAUAUGAAGUUUUAUCCAAGAAGCUCUUACCGUGACAGAUAUGUCAAAUAUGUUUUUAGCUUGCUAACAAUGAAAGUUGAACGCAUAAUUUAUAAAAGUUUAAAAAAAUAACUUAAUUCAAAUUAAAACUUGUAGAUUUUAGCAUUAUUUGCUUUCAGAUUUGAUCAAAAACACCUGCAAAGAGAAAUCACCAGCUACCCCUAUGUGAAAUGUAGGGAGAUGGGGAUGAAUUAGCAACACCUAGGUAUAAAAUGGGAGUAUGAACUGGCAAAGAGGUCAAUUGACCUGGAAGCGUAAGAAUCACUAGCAGUGUUCAGAAUAUUCUGUAUGUUGCAGUGUUUACCAUCACCUAUGUGGGCAGCAUGGGUAUUUGAGCAAUUUUGUGAAAUUUCCUUGCCAGUUUUUGGACAGCAACAUUUUCUAAACUGAAUAAAAUGUUUUUAGAAACCAGUGUGCAUAGUUGGGGCCUUGGUGCUUUUUGUUUGUGUUCUGAAUGUGGAGUGUUCAAGUUUCUUUUAUUGAUCAACUUUACAUGUGCUGCCAUUGGCUUGUAUAGAUCUUUUAAAAUAAGGGAUUACUUUUAACUGUUGAUAGUAAUAUCACUUGUACCAGAAAUAUUGUGUAUUGUGAUAUUAUCAUGGGGAUUGUACAAGUCGACAUUUUCAAAAAUAACAGAAUAUUUGCAUUAUGAAUGAAAGAAGCCACAUGUGCAGUCACUGAGAAGUCACAGGCUUUAGUUACCUAAAGUGAUUGCAAAUAUCCAACGCAAUGCUUCCCAUUUCUUGACCUUCUCAGAGUUUAUCCUGUGGGUUAAAAUCUUGCAAUUAAAAGAUUCAAAAGUAGUCAUAGUUUUUCCUUCCUUUUUUUCAAUGUUUUGGUAACUAAGUAUCUAUGUUGGUGACAUCCUGAUCAUUUUCCAUAAGUAUGUGAAAUCUUCCUUUUCUUUGUAGUUUGGGAUUUAAUUUCCCCUUUUACAUUGCUUCUUUUGCUGAGAGUAAUAGGAAGUAAAUGUUUCUUUAACUUUUGUGCAUCUUAUAUUUAAAGGUCAAGUGAAAAAAAAAUAUUGAAUGUUUUUUGUUUGAACAAACUGUAUUUUUUAUUUUCUAAACCUGAUGAAAAAUAAAUACCCUCCAGUUACAUCCA